CGGCGGCUCACAGACACACACCGGCCGCGCCACAGACACACGCCACGCACCGAGCCGCGGCCGGCGCGCCAAGCCCGCCGGGCGCCGCGCGCAUCGCUCCGCGGUCGCACUCGCACUCGCCCUCGCGCGCAGGCCCCGCAGCCGCCGCGGCCGGAGGCGGCGCUCGGCCAGGAGCCCGGCUGGGGCUGGAGAAGGAGAGGACUUGGGUGAGGAGCUGCUGCCGCCCGAGCUGGACCAGGACCUGAGACUCCAUCGCUGCCGCCGCUGCUGAGACCAGGCCAGGGACAGGGCUUCGCUGGCCGCAGGGGCUCCCUCUGCCCGCAGAGAUCUGAGCAGAGACGACUGGCCGCCCUGAGCGCAAUUCAAUUCAACAGACAUUUACUGAGUGCCUACUAUGCGCCAGGCCUUAGGCUAGGCACGGGGGUGGGGGCACAGAGAGGAAGACGGAGUCCCAUCCUCAGGUAGCUCCAGGCUGGGGGGCGUGGAGAAGACAGGCCAGGGCUAAGCAAUGACAGCUCAGCUCCAGGAGAGAAGCUGCCUGUAGGGCUGGAAGCAGCAGAGGUACCUAGGUUCAAGUACACCCCUGGAGAGCUGCUGUCCCUCGCCUGUGCCUCAGUUUCCCCAUCUGUAAAAUGGGGGGAAGGGAGGUGGGGUGAGACAAUCUCUAGGAUCCUUCCAGGAGUCCAUGGGGAUGGAAUCAGGGCACGGGGGCAGAGUAGAGAGGCCCACACUCUCCCUGUGGAAAGGAAAUCUCUGAAGGCUUCUUGGAGGAGGAGGCAUGAGGUCUGGGCUGCAGGGGGUGGGGAAGGUGGAAAUGGUACCCCAGGCUCAGGAAGAGCAUGAGCAAAGGCCCAGGGGACAUGCAGAGGGGUGUCUCUGCAACUCCAUAGGUUGUGAAGGGGUGUCGUGGGGUAUGAGUUUAGAGAGGGAGGGAGGGGCCCAAGGGCUGCAUGUCGGGGUGUGAGCUCUGUUCUGUGAGCUGUUGAGGAUGGAGAGUGAAGAACAGUGGUCCUGCUUUGUGCCACCCUCUUCACCUCCCCUCUCUCCUGGGUACACUUGACCAUCACGUUCCCGUAGAACAUGUGGCCAUGGUGGUGCCCGUACCUUCCUAGACAUGUUACACAUUAGUCCCCAUGGCAACCCCGUAAAGUGGGCAUUACUGGGCCCAGUUCACAGAUGAGGACACCGAGGCUGAGAGGGAAGCUUUUGCCUGUUAUGAUCUGACUCCCAGCUCCCCCAUGCUUCUUCCACUAGCUGUCACUGUUGGGAGGGGGGCGGGUCUCUGUCCUGUGUUACACCUGCUAUGCUAGGAACCCCCAAGCUCUGAGGAGUACCUGCCAAGGGGAACACAGUUGAGUUUGGAGGUGAGGGUGGGCAAACCCUCAGAUGUUGUUAGCAGGACCGGCUUUUUCCAAGGCCUGAGCUUCUGCCCCUGCGGCCACCCUCUGAGAUGGGGGUGAGGCAGGGCUCCUUCCCACUUUACAGAUGAGCAGACUGAGGCCCUGGGGGUCCAAGGUCGAGGCAAUGACAGCCUGGGCAGGGAGCACCAUUUUCUUAUCAUCCAGCUGAGGCUGGAGGGAGGUUCAAAUCCUCCGAGAUCUGUGCCGAAGCUGACCCACACAGCCCUCCCCAGGCAGUGGAAAAGACUGGCAUGGAAUCACAGACCUGGGUUCAAAUCCUGCUUUUGUCUCGCACAAACAGUGUGAUCUUUGUGAGCAAGUCAUUAAUUACUCUGAGCCUCAGUUUCCUUGUCUAUAAAGGGAGAGCGCAGACCUCCUUCAUUCAGUCAUUAACAGACGUUCGUUCAGCACCUGCCGGGUUCCUGGUGCUGGGCUUUGAUGGAGACUCAGUCCCUUCCUUGGAGGACUCAGUUCAGGAGUAAGAGCAGCAGUUUUCGUUCGGUUGUGAUGGAAGAAGCCCAGGGGGCUGUGGGAACCCACAGGAGGGACCCCAAGCAGACCAUUUAAACUGGUGAGGGCAGGCAGGAGGGCAGGAUAGGAAAGCAGGAACCAGCUCUGCAGGACCCCAGGGCCUGGGCUUCAGAUGUCUGUUGGAAAUUUCCCAGAUCAGUAGGGAGCCAGGGAAGGCUUUUGAGCACGGGAAUAUCGGAGGCCGGGAGCCCAGUGAGGAUGCUGAUUGAGAAACUCAUUUGGGGUGAGGAAGGAGGCUGAGGCAGGGCAGGAGCAGUGGGAGGGUACAAAGGCCUUCCAGAUGUGGGCAGCUGGGGCCGCUUCGAGCCGGCUCAGGGACCGGGCAGAGAAGCAGGGCUGGGGAGCAUGUGGGCAGUGGGAGGCGAGUCCAGUUGUGGGGUUCAGGUGCCAGGGAGGGGUCCGAAAGGCAGCUGGCGGUCAGUACCAAGCUGAUGACAGAGACCCUGAGAGGGAUGGAGAUGCUGGGGGGUGGGAGUGGGGAAGCAGGUUUGGGCAGAGCAGAGGACCGGAACCAGGACUUCAGAGAAGGUCACUGCAAAGUAGCCCAAGGGGGAGCGGCCUGGCAGGUGGGAGGAAUCCCGAGGUAUAGGGACUUAGGUCUGCCGGGAGAUGACAGAAGUCACCUGUGGCGGGCACUUUGCCCAGUGCCAGGCUCACAGAGGGGCCCAGGAGGGUCAGUUCCCACCUGGCUUUCGCUGGGAAGCAGAACCGUAGUCUGUCCCCUGCCAUCCCGAGGAGGAGGCUCUGAGGAGGAAGGUGUUUGGGAAGGAGGGAAAGGGGAAAAAACAUUUGCGUGUGGAGCAAGGCUGAAGCGAGGGAGAGAGAAAGAGGGAGCAGGGGAUGAAAAGAAAUUACCAUCCGCCGGGAUCUUGUCAUUCAACCCAAUUUUCAAAGGACCACAGCUGUCGCACUGAGAUAAUCUGUUAAUUAUAACAGCCAUUGUGCUCUGGCAAUGGGAGAGAAACCGAGGCUGAGGAACAGGCCAAAGGCAGGGGUGGGAGCCUUUGGGGGGCAGGAACAGGCAGGAAGGCAGACACUGUCAGGGGCCAGGCCUCAUCCCUUCCUUGCCACCACUGUUGCAGCAGUGGGUGACGGGGACCCGCUGUGUGCCGGGCACUGUGCCACGCCUGUGAGCCAGGCCACCAUAACCAUUCUAGAGGCAGCUAACUUUAUUGAGCACUUACUAUGUGCCAUACCCUGCUCUGAAGCUUUCAUUCUCCCACCCUCUGAGGUAGUGCCCUUCUAGUCCCAUUUUACAGAAGCGGAGACUGAGACUCAGAGGAAAGAAAUUGCCUGCCAGGGCCAUGCUCUUCGUUCAGUGGCAGAGCCAGGAUUUGAGUUGAAUGUGGCCUGUCCUUCUACGAGAACGCUAGGGAGGGCCGGUCCCCAUGGGUUGGCCAUGCGGGCUUGGUGGCCACAUGUCCUGGGCUGUGGUCUCAGUGCAGCCGGCAGUCCAUGGGGUAGCCCCCACCCCCCACCCCGGGCAUUUCCGGGGCUCCUUCUGCACGAACAGGGCUUCCUUGUUCUCUGAUGCCACAGCUGCAGGCCCCUGCAAGCUCCCCCCCACCGCCAUCCGCACCAGAGAAGCUAGUCUCAGGGCCAGAAGAGGGACCCCAUACGACCGCCUGGUUUGGGGUUGUGAUGGGCUGCGGCCCUGGGAGGGGUCUCAGCCUGGCCCUGGCUGGCUGGCUAUGGGGCCCCGGGUGCUGGGGCCUGGGAGAGGCAGUGGGGAGGGUGGGCAGGAGUCCCAGGUGAGCAGAGUGAGGGGAUCCUGAGGUCUGUGGGGAGGGGCACGAGCAAGGGGCCAUUCCAGAAGGCCAGGGAGCCCUUUGCCGCAGGCCGUCCUCCGGGGUGUGGCUUCAGCCGCCAAGGCCUUAGGCCUCCUGGUGUUCACAGCGGCCUUGGUUGGAACCUCAGCGCAGCCUGGCUGGCAGCGUUUUACGGAGUGGGAAUCCUGUUUGGGAGCAAGUAACCCUCAAACCCCAACAGGAGCCCCAAACUUGACCCGGCAACCCAAGCAGCAUGGUUGGAGAGCCAGGGACCCCACGGGUUGACAGGCAGGUCUCGGAGGCUGUAUGGGUGCUCUCCUGGUUUGGGGUCCCCACUCCAGUGGGCCUGCUUGGAGGCAAGCAGGGUUGUGGAUGGGCCAGGGCAGCUAAAAGUCCUGUAGAACUGGUGUCACAGAGGCCAAGACUCAGUAGACUUUUAGGAUCAAGGGAUUUGUAGAAACACUGUAGAACUCCUGCAUCCCAAAUUCAUAAUUAGAGACCUCCCCCCGCCCAAAGAAAACGACCCGUGCCAUUAGAGUGUCCCAGAGCCACAGAACCAGGGAGGCAGGUACUGUAGCACCCUCGGGUCCCAACCGGGAGUCUCGUGGGAUUCCCCCCACAGGUCCGGAUUCUAAUUGUCGCCACUCUGGGGUUCCCUCUGUUGCCCAGGGGUCAGUGGGAGCCUCAGCCAGAGAGGCGGGGAGGAGGAUGGGUCCACCUAGGCCUGUGCCACCUGCUCUGUCUCUGCAGGGAUGCAGAACCUGGGCAGCCAGUUCUUCCAGGUUUUUCAGUGGAUUCCAGAAAUGAGGAUUUUAAAAAUAAAAUCUCCAGAGUUAUCAUCAUUGGCAACUAAUUAAAAUUUUUUAAAAAAAGAUUGUCCAGAUGAAACAGGAUCCCACAGCAUCUCUUGACCCAGAGCCUGGUGCCAUGGAGGGUCAAAACCACUAUGUAGUAGUUGUGAGACCUCAGUUUCCUCCUCUGUAAAGUGGGAACAGCAGCAUCGACUCGUGAGGUUGUGCAGAGGAUUCAGCGAGUUAACAUGAGAAGUGCUUAGGCCUAGCCCGUGUCAGCCCAUGACUCUGUUUUCACCUUGCCCCACGCUGCCCGCCCCUCCCCUGCCAGGCUGCCUCCGUGUGGGCUGUGCGCUUUGCCACCGGGAGCCCCCACGGCUCCCCGUGGGCUCCAGACACACCACUCUGCCUUGGGCCAGCCCUGAGGGUGUGGGAAGGCAGGGAAACGUUCACCCCUUGGGGCCCUGGAGAGGGAGCAGAGCUGGGAGGGAGGCCUAGCCGGCGCCUGGCACAUAGUAGGUGCUCCAUAAAUGUUUAUUGAAUGAAUGAAUGGAGGCCAUGCAGGCAGAGGCAGCCGCGCGUGCGCAGGCACUGGUGAAAGAGCGGGUCCCGUGGAGACUGGAACCAGGUGACAGAUGGGUCUCUUCCUUCCUGUCCCCGUCUCUCGCGCUCCCCCCUCAGAGCUCCAGUCUCCAGCCUCCCGUGGGAAUCGUCUGAAGUUCUGAGCCCAGAACCCCAGGGGGAAGAGGAGGAGGAGGGAGAGGAAGGCAAGCCUUGAGAGCCCGGGCACCCUCCCGGCAGGAGAGGAGCACCUCGGGGAAGCAGACUGUGGGGCCUGUAGCCCCCGUGGCCCUGGCCUGGCCGUGGCGCCCGGCUCCUGCGGGUAGCACUCCGGCAGGCCCCCAACAGUUGGCAUCGGCUCUGCCUGCCUCGCUUGGGGCCCCCAAGCUGGGGGUCGCCCCCAAGAUGGUGGCGGCCCCAGGGAGGACUGUGCUGCCGGCCCCAGCCUCUGGCCGCUAGGCCACCUGCGCCCCGGCCCCCGACCCCAAGCCCGGCCUGUGAGGAGGCCGCGGCCGGAGCCAUGCUGCGCCUGGGGCUGUGCGCGGCCGCGCUGCUGUGCGUGUGCCGGCCGGGCGCCGUACGCGCCGACUGCUGGCUCAUCGAGGGCGACAAGGGCUACGUGUGGCUGGCCAUCUGCAGCCAGAACCAGCCGCCCUACGAGACCAUCCCGCAGCACAUCAACAGCACCGUGCACGACCUGCGGCUCAACGAGAACAAGCUCAAGGCCGUGCUCUACUCCUCGCUCAACCGCUUCGGGAACCUCACCGACCUCAACCUCACCAAGAACGAGAUCUCCUACAUCGAGGACGGUGCCUUCCUGGGCCAGUCGAGCCUGCAGGUGCUGCAGCUGGGCUACAACAAGCUGAGCAACCUGACCGAGGGCAUGCUGCGCGGCAUGGGCCGCCUGCAGUUCCUCUUCGUGCAGCACAACCUCAUCGAGGUGGUGACGCCCGCCGCCUUCUCCGAGUGCCCGAGCCUCAUCAGCAUCGACCUGUCCUCCAACCGCCUCAGCCGCCUCGACGGCGCCACCUUCGCCAGCCUGGCCAGCCUCAUGGUGUGCGAGCUGGCCGGCAACCCCUUCAACUGCGAGUGCGACCUCUUCGGCUUCCUGGCCUGGCUCGUGGUCUUCAACAACGUCACGAAGAACUACGACCGCCUGCAGUGCGAGUCUCCGCGCGAGUUCGCCGGCUACCCGCUGCUGGUGCCCCGGCCCUACCACAGCCUCAACGCCAUCACCGUGCUACAGGCCAAGUGCCGCAACGGCUCGCUGCCCGCCCGGCCCGCCAGCCACCCCACGCCCUACUCCACCGACACCCAGAGGGAGCCCGACGAGAACUCGGGCUUCAGCCCCGACGAGAUCCUUUCGGUGGAGCCACCGGCCUCGUCCACCACGGACGCCUCGGCGGGGCCGGCCAUCAAGCUGCACCACGUCACCUUCACCUCGGCCACCCUGGUGGUCAUCAUCCCGCACCCCUACAGCAAGAUGUACGUCUUGGUUCAGUACAACAACAGCUACUUCUCCGACGUCAUGACGCUCAAGAACAAGAAGGAGAUCGUGACGCUGGACAAGCUGCGGGCGCACACCGAGUACACCUUCUGCGUGACCUCGCUGCGCAACAGCCGCCGCUUCAACCACACCUGCCUGACCUUCACCACCAGGGACCCGGUCCCGGGCGACCUGGCGCCCAGCACCUCCACCACCACCCAUUACAUCAUGACCAUCCUGGGCUGCCUCUUCGGCAUGGUCAUCGUGCUGGGAGCCGUCUACUACUGCCUGCGCAAGCGGCGCAUGCAGGAGGAGAAGCAGAAGUCGGUCAAGGUCAAGAAAACCAUCCUGGAGAUGCGCUAUGGGGCCGACGUGGAUGCCGGCUCCGUCGUCCACGCCGCCCAGAAGCUGGGCGAGCCCCCUGUGCUGCCCGUGUCCCGAAUGUCCUCCAUCCCCUCCAUGAUCGGGGAGAAGCCCACCACCUCCAAGGGGCUGGAAGCUGGGCUGGACACGCCCAAGGUGGCCACCAAGGGCAACUACAUCGAGGUGCGCACGGGCACGGGCGGCGAUGGCCUGGCCCGGCCCGAGGAUGACCUCCCGGAGCUGGAGAACGGCCAGGGCUCGGCCGCCGAGAUCUCCACCAUCGCCAAGGAGGUGGACAAGGUCAACCAGAUCAUUAACAAUUGCAUCGAUGCCCUCAAGUUGGACUCGGCCUCUUUCCUGGGGAGUGGCAGCGGCGGCGGGGACCCUGAGAUGGCCUUCGAAUGCCAGUCCCUCCCUGCGGCCUCCACCACCUCCUCGACUGCCACCCCUGGGGGGCUGGAGCGGCCCAGCUUCCUCUCACCUCCCUACAAGGAGAGUUCCCAUCACCCGCUGCAGCGCCAGCUGAGCGCUGAUGCCGCCGUGGCCCGCAAGACCUGCAGCGUCUCCUCCAGCGGCUCCGUCAAGAGCGCCAAGGUCUUCAGCCUGGACGUGCCGGAUCAUCCGGCCGCCGCGGGGCUGGCCAAGGGCGACUCCAAGUACAUCGAGAAGGGCAGCCCCCUAAACAGCCCGCUGGACCGGCUCCCGCUGGUGCCGGCGAGCAGCAGCGGGGGCGGCGGCGGCGGCGGCGGCGGCAUCCACCACCUGGAGGUGAAACCCGCCUACCACUGCAGCGAGCACCGGCACAGCUUCCCGGCCCUGUACUACGAGGAGGGCGCCGACAGCCUGAGCCAGCGCGUGUCCUUCCUCAAGCCGCUGACCCGCACCAAGCGGGACUCCACCUACUCGCAGCUCUCCCCCAGACACUACUACUCAGGUUACUCCUCCAGCCCUGAGUACUCAUCCGAGAGCACGCACAAGAUCUGGGAGCGCUUCCGGCCCUACAAGAAGCACCACCGGGAGGAGGUGUACAUGGCCGCCGGCCACGCCCUGCGCAAGAAGGUCCAGUUCGCCAAGGACGAGGACCUGCACGACAUCCUCGAUUACUGGAAGGGGGUCUCGGCCCAGCAGAAGCUGUGACCCUCUCCUCCCUGGUGAGGUUGGAGGGGGAGGGCCAGGGGCACGCGGGGAAGGGCCCGGGCGGGGCGCGCUGGGGGCCGAGGCCAAGGAGUGGACGUACACGCACACCCGCACGCACGCACCCACGCACACACCUGACCACCACCUGACUGUGAACCACCACCACCCGACAAUACCGGACGGGAAAACAAAGACAUGUUCACCUUAAAGUUUACACACUGAUACUGAAACCAGUCGUCUCUACUGUGCUGCCCAGGGACUCUGCCGGGGUGUGCGUGCUGGGUGGGGCCGGCGGGCAGGCGAGGAAGCCAAAAGAGGGUGUGGGGUCUGGGGCUCUGGGACUAGGGACAGGUUUGGGGGCAAAGGAGCCCGGGGCGGGGAUGGGCCGAAGCCCCCCUGGGGCAGGGAGCGGGUCCCCCCGGCUGGGGGACAGGUCACGUGGAGAUUUAGUAGAAGAUGGACAGUGGGCAUCGUUUCCGUCCUUUGUGGAUGGGGAAACCGAGGCCCAGAGAAGGGAAUUGCUAACCCCAGGGUCACGUGGCAGGCGAGAGUCAGUCUCCCAACUUCCCGGCCCAGUGCAAUCCCCCAGCCCCAGGAGCUCUCCCGGGGCCUCACCCUCGGUUCACCCACUACCUGUUCUAGAGCUGUGGUCUCCUGGGGCUGUGGCAUGUGAGAAUCAGGCGGGUGCUUUUCCUUUCUAGAAAGCCCCAUGGCCAUGUCCCCCCCUUCCCGAGCGUGGAGCUGUGAUUCAUCACGUACAGGGGCCUCUGCACCAUACACACUCCCCCCUCCCCCCCAACCCCCGCCACCAGCACCCAGGAGAGGUGGGAGGUCCUGUGGACAGGGGAGGAGCAGAUACGGGGACGGUCCACCGGCCCCCUUCAAGUGUCUUCCAAGUAGCCUGAGAGCUGCCGAUGGGGUCUGAGGAGAGCGGCUGAGCCAGCAGCCACCGCGUCUCAGGUGCAGGCCCCAUGCCCUGGCCCCCCAGCCUCUCUGGGCCUCCAGGAGCCCUGCUCGUCCCAGAAGGGCAGCAGUAAACUGUGAUGCCUGGGAGCAGUGGGGAGGUGGGAUCUAACGGGGGCCUUCCUGCCUCUGCCCCCGCAUCCUGGCCUCCCACCGGCCCGAUCCCCCCUCCCCCUCCCCGCCACGGCCCUCGGGGCAGCAUCUCAGCCUGCCCAGAGGAAGGAGGGCUUUCCGGAGCUUUUCCACUCACCCCCUCUUGGCUGCCCAUCCCUGCCCCACCCUCCUGGCCUGAGGGGCUCCCAUGUUUCCCUGAAAAUGGCCAUUCCUCCCUUGCUGACCCCCAUCCUACAUCGAACAAAGCACAAAUGGUGAGCACUCCCACCUCACCCCUGCUGGGAAGGAGCAGGCUGGAUUCCCGGGGCCCCUCCCGUCCCUGGCCAGCCUCUGUCGCCAUGGCAACCCAGAGCCUGGCAGUUGGGACCGUUGGCCUCUUGGGGGUUCUCUCUCUCAGUGUGGGUGGUAGAGGGCGGUGAGAGAGGGCAGGGCCAGAGGGGGUGGCUGGAUUUCUCAAGAGCUAGGGGCUUCCUGGGGCGCUGUAAGGGGGUGGGUCUGGGUUCCUGAGACCGUGGGGUCUCGAACACUGUCAGGGUGCUGAGGGGCUGGAGUCGGCUGUCCCUUCCCCUGUGGAUGGGAGGUGGGCCCGUGGGGGGCGGAGACACUGUAGCUUUGCCCACCUGCCAGUGUGCCCCUUGGUGCCUCACCCACCGCAGGCGGGGAUGGAGCCCACUUGGCUCUCCCCACCCUCCUGCCUUUGGCCUGUCACCCAGUGGGUUUCUUGAGAUUUGGGGAGUGUGACCGUGGGGUGAGGGUGGUUGCUGGGAGGGGACCAGACCUGCACUGCGGGGGGCAUUCUGACAGGGAAGCUAUAGUGCCGUUCCCGUAGGAUCUGGGGGAGGACCGUGGAGGGCGAGGGGACCUCAGGGCUCAACCCAGCCCCUCUCACACCUACUUGGGGCACGGACCAAGCCCGGGGCUCACUUUGGGGGUGACGUUUGCAAGGAAAGGACUGUUCUCCUGGGGAGUGGAGGGGAGGGCGCCAGCAUGGAUGUGCAGAGCAGACCUCCCCCGGCUCCCCAAAUCCUGCCCCCCAGCCCCUCCUCAGACUGGAUUGGGAAAACAGAAAAGCAAGCAGGCCGAGAAGCCAGUGAUGUGAGGAAGCAGAUUCCCUGUUAUAUUUGCAUGACGAUUUUACUGUAUUUUUCUGAGCAAACAUCUGUCGUGUAUGUGCCAGUUUGUCCAGACUCCCUUGCCCCCCUCCCCGCCGCACCCCUCCAUUCCCACAGUCCCUCUGUUGUGAUCUGACAAGCAGCUCUUGAAACGUGGGGACGGGCCAGCUCUGCAAAAGACCCAAAACAGGUACCAGCGAAACACAGCCCCCGCCCCACACCCGCCUCCUAUCUUUCCGGAUGUUGGGCCCACAAGUGCCGCCUCCUCUCCUCCCACGUGGCCUCGCCCCUUGGCCUCUUCCUUGCUCGGGAAGGACAGCCCCGGGCAAGGGGGCGUGGGGGGACCUCUCCUCUGUCCCACUUGCUCCCAUUUUGCAGAUGAGGAAGUCGGGGCCCCCGGAGAGGGAGGGGGUCUGGUGAUUUGGCUGCCGGGUGGGGAGGGUCAGGCACACUGCUGAGUACAGGAAGCCCAGAGCUUGGGGCUUCAUGGGUGGCCCUACGGGGAGGUUUGGGGCCCUGAGGGAGGAACCUAUAGGCGGAGGGGUCCCCCCGUGACGUUGGCCUGGCCUCACUGGAGACAGAGCCGCCUUCGUUCCCCCAUCAUUCCUGGUUGAAGAUGACCUAUAAAAACCUCGGACAGGCCGGCUUCAGGGCGCUCUAAAGGAUAGAUCUCCAUCUUAACCACAAGGGUCUUCCACUCCCAGGAGGUGAACCGACAUUCACAGCCCAGGUCGUACAGAUCUUUGAGGAAGAAGACGGUCCCCCAGCUGCCCAGGCCAGGCCGUAGCUCUGGGGAGAGGGCCACUGCACUGUAGCUCACCCUGGAGGCCUUCCUGCAUCUGUGUCUUGUGUCCUGUUCAAGAUAAUUUUUCCUCGGGGGGCGGGCAGGGCGAAAUAGUCACGAAAGUCAAAUGAACAUUUAUGUCAAGGAGUCUGGCUGGCCCCGGUCCUGUGUUUGCAAUGGAGGUGAGCACGGUGGACCUGGGCCAUGGCCUGGGCGGGCCAGGAGGGCAGGUAACCAGGAGAGAAGGGAAGGUACCGGGGAGGAGGAACGAGGAACCUGGUGGAGUGGAGGGGGCGAGCCAGCUGGAGGAGAUGUGAGUGCCGCAUCCUGGACCUCCUGGGACCUGCCUUGGGUCGUGCCCAGGCUUGCCAUCCCUUAUCACAGAAUCUCUCGAGCCUUCUGGGCGCCUGUUCCUGGGAAGGGGCAUCCGUGGGUCCAUGCUGUCCUGGAGAGCACAGGUAGGGGCUGCGAACCCUCUGUUGGAGCUAAUGGCCUUCCAGAAGUGAAAAGCGGAGGUCUGGCAGGAAGAAAGCUUAGUCUGGGGCGGCCGCCUCCUUGGGGGUCCCAGGCUUGUUUCUCCCCUCUGCAGGAGGGGCCUGUAUUGGCCACCCGAAGGCCCCUCGCCUCUGACCCCUCCUAGGGGACAGAGCAGGAAGACGGUGGUGGCGUGUGUCCAGGCCAGGAAAGGACUGUGUGCGGGGCAGUGGGAGUGGAAAGACCCGCUUGGGGAGAGUAGGUCUGGAGAGCCCUAGAGAGGCAGGGUGAAGAGGCUGGGCCUGGCCGAGGGGCUCUGAUGGUUCCCAGCAGGAAGUCGCUCACCUGCCCCACUCCACGUCCUGGGCAUUUAACAGAGGGGGAAACAGAGGCACAGGAAGGGGAAGGAAAGAAAGCUUCUAAGGUCUCGAAACCAGUUAAAGACAGACUGAGGCCAGGAAAGGGGCCCGGGCAUGGGAGACAAGAGUGACAGGUCCUGGCUUAUAAGGGGCCUACAUGCAGUGACGGGACAACCUCAAACUGUUCCCCAGUGAUGGGCACUGCACGGAGAAUUAAAAUAGGGCGACGGAGGGCGAGGACCUUGGGGAGCCCUCAGGGCAGGGGUGGCCGGCAGCCGAGCUCUCUGAACGACAGUCUGAGGACUAGACUGCCGGCUGUGGGAGGAUGAGACGGGAGCGGGAGGGAGUAGGGUAGGAGGAGCUGGGUGUCCCCAAGUACCUCCUCGGGUGCCCCCCACUCCCCUGGCCCUGCCCUGCGAGGACCCCACGGCUUAGCAGCAUCCCACCCCAUUCCUGAGGGAGCGGGGCUCUGUUUCCGGGGGGGGGGUUGGGUGGUCAAGGCAUGGGGAAGCCCUGGGGUGUCCGGCCCCCAUGGGGCUUAAGGGGCAGGGCUGAAGCUUGCCCGCCAGGCCAGUGUGAAGGUUGGGGCUCGCCUGACCGCAACGCUGAUCUCCUCUCUGCCAAGACUUCUGCUCCACGGCCACCUGUCCAUCCUCCCACCUUUAAGGCAGAACCAGUGUUUAGACUCCUGUUCUCACGCCUGCUCCAGAGUCCCCCCUGUUAAAGGUACACCUCUGCUGCCCAGCAGUAGGGAGAGGAAGGGGGGUCGAAUGGGGUGGGGGGAGAGGGUCUGGGCGGCCUCUCCUUCCCCUGCCUCUCGCCAAACAAGCACAGGGCUGGGGAGGGCCGAGGGGCCCACUCUUGGUUCCUCCCUCCCCAAGGAGCCGCCAGCCCCUCGGCCCUGCCCUGCCGCCUGGCACCUGGUUUGGGUCUGCAGAGUUGGGCUCCUGGCCCCGGGCUACGAACCUGUGAACCCUAGCUGUGUGUGGACCCUUCCUCCCUCGGUGGGGCCUGAACUGUCCUUUUCUUCUUUUCGGGGUCGGGGGGGGGGAAACUUCAUUUAUUUUCUCUUCCCUAUAUCUGCCUCCCCUUCCUCCCGAUUUCCUGUUUUAAACCGAAUGGCACGAAAUUGUUUUCCUCAACUCGGAGAUUCCUGUAUGGAGAGAAUCAAUUUCUAUAUUUGCAAUAAAUUUCUUAUUUAAAACAACA